AUGGCACAGGUCCGUCAAAACGCAGGCUCUCCAGGCCAAGGCCACAGCUCCGACCACGACAGCAGCAGAGACGACCAGCCGAAUAACGGCCUCAAGAAGAAGCGUAUUCAGCAGGCGUGUCGACCCUGCGGCAUAAAGAGGGUCAAGUGCGAUGGCUCCAAUCCUUGCGUCACCUGCAUCCGAUCCGGCGAAACCUGCGAGUAUGGUCUCCCCAAGAAAAGAGGCCCGCCCAAGGGUUCCACUCGUGGCGGAAGGAAAGCUUCCAAGCGAAAGGUCGGUGUAGGUGUUUCCGCUCCUCGCAAGGUCGCCCACGAAGCGGCUGUAGCUUUGCCAGUUCAAUCCACCCGUGACUAUGCCGCAACCGUUGCCGCUGAUCCCUCCUCAUCGGCAGACACCAGAUCAUCACAAGUCUCUGCACAGCGUCCGCCGCCACCGCCAUUCCCAGAGGCUGAGUGGACUCGCAGCGUUGCACCUCCAGCUCCACCCGUCGCCUCUUCCUCAUCCUCCUCAUACACCAAAUAUCCUCCGCACGCUGGUACAUCACACCGAAUCCCAUAUUCAGACGUUCUACCGCAGACUCCUUCUGUCCCUGUCGCUGGCAUGAGACCCACAGGCGCCUUCUCCUCAUCAGAUGCACCUGCCGACUUCCACUCACGAUCUCGACACGCAUCGCCCAACUCAAGCUAUCGCACAGACAGUCACCGCACUGGCGGGGGCUCUGUCCACGACGGCAGCGUCGGCAGUCCCAGCUAUGGCGGCCUCAACAGCUCAAGCCCAGGAUACUUUCCACCUCACUCCUACCCAUCCAAGUACGAUCCUGCCUCGGCGUUUCAUAGUCCGUAUAAGCCACGAGCAGAGCCUUUCUAUCGCGGCAGCAGCAGCGGACUCGGUCUUAUACGUCCACCGCCUGGCGCCGCUGAUCGCAGGUUGCCUCCCAUCGACUUCUACUCUAGACCUUCCAUCCGAUCCUCGCCCUCGUCCCCGAGCAACUUUCGCAGGCUCUCGGGUGCAUCAGAGACCUAUGAUUCAGCCGUGUCAGGUCGCUCAAGCACGAAUCGAUCACUCAACACGUUUGCGGCGCCGUAUGCGCGAGCUCCACUCGCCGCUUCUUCUUCCACCUUUUCCACCAACACAAGGCAUCAUCCUGCAAUUGUAGCAGACACAUCGGCUCCGCACUAUCCUCCCAGCUCAUUCGGUGAUGCAACACGCUUCGACGACCGUUCCGCAAAUAGCAGCACAGCUUCCAAUUCACACGUCGCAGGAUCCAGCGGUUGGCCUACAGCCACACACACGCUGCCGCCCCCGUCAGAUGCCAUAUCAGAAACAGCUCGAGCCGAUAGAGAUGCUUUGGGUAGACCAGCAAGCGUCCGCCACGCCGGUGAAAGCAAUCAGCUGCUGCUAGAAGGCACCCUUUUGCAGCUGCAACGAGAUCGCGAUCGUGCCCGCAAAACCGAACAUAGCUCCAGCAACUUGUCAUCUGCACCCAACUACAACAUAUCACGCGAUGUGCCUGACGAUGUCAAUUUGGAGCCGCUCCUCUGGAUCGAGCCAGGCGACGCAAGUAGACAGGGCAUCAAUCGAUCCGGCGUUUCCCUCACCAAGCCCGAGAUUCCCCCGCUCAUUCAAGAACGCCUUUUCACCAUCUUUUGGGGUAUAGUACAGACAAUCUGGCCCGCGGUCGAGAGGUCUGCACUCUGUCUUACCGGCUUCAACGUGAUCGAUCCUGAGAAGUCCCCCAUGCUGCACAAUGCAGCCUGUGCCCUCGCUGCUGUCGCAUGGGACUCCGGCGAGUUCGGCGUCUCGGAGGACGACGCAGAAGCCACGCAAUCCGAUUUGGUCGAACGCACCGCCUCUGAUCUCAGCUUCAGCCAGGGACCUGAUCACCUUGGCGACGGAACUAGCCUCCGCCGUCUUAGUGCAGCGGACCUGGGCGACGUCUUCCUCGCCAGAGCCAAGUACUACCUCAUCAAGACAAACAACGAGCCCAGCCUAGAAACGAUUCAAUCACUCUUUUUCAUGGCGCUGCGAGAAGGAGGCAACGGACGAGCCAGCCAGGCCUCGGCAUACAUCUCGACUGCUUGCAGAAUGUGCACCGAUCUGGGCCUUCAUCGACAGCGCGAUUUCUCUUCGGUGCUCGGACUGCAUUUCUCACAUGCCGAAGAGCAAGCGAGGCGGAGGAUCUUCUGGUGCUUGUAUCUGCUCGACAAAACGUCGUCGGCAUCGUUGGGUAGACCCGUCACACUGCGGUAUGCAGAGAUCGACUGUCCACUGCCCAACAUGGAUGAGCCUGAUGAGCACGAGACGUGGGCCGAAUCGACCAACAACAGCUCGCUCAUCAAAGACCGAGCACGGAGCAUGCUGCUCAAGACACCCGUCGCUGCCAUGACCCAUCUGCGGUUUGGUGUCAGACUCGGGCAUAUCUGCGAGCAGAUCAUUGCCAUCUACACGCACGUGCAGCGCAGUGAUGAAGACGACGACAACGCCAGCUCGACCCACCACAGCAACAGCGACGAGCAAGGAGGGGGCGGGGACGGAAGCGUCGUUCCCGAGUGGGAGACGCGCCUUGUGCGACUGCAUCGAAAGCUGGAAGCGUGGGAGCGAGAUCUCCCGUAUCGGCUGCGCUUUGACAACCCGUCUCACCGCCUGCCCAACACGCUCUGCCAGCACCUCUGGUUCCAGGCGUGCAAAGUGAUGCUGCAUCGUCCUCACAUUCUCAAGCAGUCCGCUCGUCCUGACCUGCCUCCGUCGCACCGCAUCUGCACUGAAGCGGUGGGCAGCAUCUGCGACAUCCUCACCGCCUAUGACAACAACUUUGGCAUGCGCAAGCUGUCGUCUACGUUCACCUACUGUAUCUUCACGGCUUCGACGAUCGAGAUCGCCAAUACGACGUCGACGGAUCCGGCGGUGGCGUUGGAGGCGAAAAGGAGGUUGAAGAAGUUCAUGACGUGGUUGUCGAGGAUGAGCGGUACGUGGCAGAGCGCUGGGCACCAUCUCAAGAUCUUGGAGCAGCUGGGGCAUGGGAUUGACGCGGAUCUGGCAGGCACUGGACUGCCAAGUCACAGAAAGUCGAGUGGGUCGGGAAGUUAUGCGGCGAGCAGAGCAGAUAGUCCGACAGCUGCUGCGAUGGCCAAGGGCGCUGGCAUUGAUGUGGGGCCGUCUGCGCUGUCUCUACCCAAGGAUGCACGGGAUCUAUUAGUGGACGACGAGGCAUUUUCCAGAGCUGCGAAUGAUCACGCCCAACAGCAACAGCAACAGCAGCAUUUCUCAUCUGCCACCGACCCUAGCGACAUGACGCUGGCACACCCAGGAGAGAAAGGGACGGGGGAGGACGGGACCGGACUCUUGGUACCAGGCCCCAUCGGCGCGCCCAUGUAUCUCACACGUUCGUUCGCAAGCUACCCCAUGGCUUCGACGCUGCAAGACGACCUGCACGCGCAAUUCGAAGCGCACGGUCAGAAUCCAAGCGUGUUUUACGGCUGGCCAUCUGGCGCAACCAAUGCACCACGCCUGGAGACGACGACGACUUCUCACACGAACACUGCGUCCGUCUACGACCCCUCGAACGCUGCUGUUGCCGCUGCUGUCGCUACGGCUCAGCAGCCUAUACCCAGCGCGGGGGCCUCACCUCAUGUCCCCACCGCUUCUGCUGCUGCUGUACCGGGCAAUACAACUUCGACGCUUGCGAGCGGCGCAGUUGACCCGACGGCAUACCUCAAGCUGCACGACACAUCGUACUGGGGUGCUAUGCCGCUGGCGUCCGAAGACCCGCUCUCCUGGGCCAACUUCACAAGCUCCUACGUCGAAGCACUCAACGGCAUGACGCAACCGUUGCCGUCCAGUGUUGGCGCGCACAGCAAUCCGAUGGGCGUAGAUGUGGCGUACAUGGCUGCAACAGGCCCUGACGGCGGAAGCGGUGGCGGCAGUGGGAGAUUGCAUGCAUCGCAAACGGCGACGGGCUCGGAUUCGCGGUCGUAG